AUGUCUUAUCUGUCACUCCAUGGUAUCCUUGAAACUGGUAAACUAAAUGGAGCCAAUUAUGAUGAUUGGUUUCGAAACUUGAGAAUUGUUCUCAUGCACGAGAAGCUUAUCGACAUCAUUGAUAAGUCUGUUGUAACUGCCCUAGCUAGCUCUAAUGAUGUCAAAGCAAGCAAGACUUAUGAGCGGUACUUGGAACAAUGUAAUAUCACAAAGUGCAUCAUCUUGGCAUCCAUGAGUUUUCAACUUCAAAGGCAGCAUCAAGAUAUGAAACCUCCUACAAUCAUUGAACAUCUUAAGAAGAUGUAUGGUGGACAAAGUGGGACCACUAGAUACCAGCUAUCUAUGUUUUUGUUCAAGUCCUCAAUGACUGUCAAUGAUCAAGUUGGACCCUAUGUUCUAAAGAUGAAUGACCUUAUUGAACAACUUAAGAAGUUAGGAUUCACAAUUGGGAAAGAGCUUUCGCAAGACUUGAUUCUGUAG